CUCCUCCCCUGCCACCGUCUCCAGAUCCCUAGACGACCCGGACGCGCGAUGUGGAACCCCUUCCACCCGCAGCCAGCUCCUCCAGCAUUCGGCGAGGACAAGGUCGUGCCGGAAACUACAGCCUCACCAAUCUCGAGACUCCUCUUCUCCUGGCUCGACUCUUUCCUAUCUGUGGGCUUCUCUCGACCCUUGGAGAAAGCAGACUUCUGGCAACUACCGAAUGCAACUCUGACAGACGCCCUCACCGAGCGGGUCGAAGAAGCGUUCUACAAGAGGUGUCCACCGGAGGAGAGGCCCGCGUUCAUUCUGCAACAAACGGGAGGGCUUUCCGAGGACGGCCCCGUUCACGACGACAAUGUCUCGCGCCAAACGUCUAACUCUACGAAGCACGCGCCAACACCAGACAAGCUAGACAGCGAGAAACAGCCAGCGCCCCAAACUCCAGAGCAGCCAUCGGGGAAGAAGCCCAAGUACGACUCAUCUUUGGUCAAGGCCUUGUAUCAUGUGUACAUCGUACAACUAUGGACUUCUGGGCUGCUGAAGCUCUUCUCUGACACGCUGAACACGACGACACCCCUGGUCAACCAGGUUCUACUUACAUGGCUCACAAAGUCCUUCGUUUACUUCAAAGCCACUGACGCGGAACGGGAGGCACUCGGCUUGCAGAAGCCGCAGGGUAUUGGCUACGGUAUCGGACUCGCAUUUGCUAUCUUCGCUAUGCAAGAGGUAUCAAGCCUGUUGUCAAACCACUACCAGAUGGUCGCGAUGACGAACGGUCUCUGUAUACGUACAAGUUUGAUCGGCGCCAUAUUCAGGAAGUCGCUGCGUCUGAGCGGGCGUGGGCGGAUGAAGCACAGCGUAGGGCAGAUCACCACCAUGAUAUCGACUGACGCCACAAGGCUCGAUCGUAACAGUGCGAUGAUCCACAACCUUUGGAUAGCCCCGAUCCAAAUCGCCAUUGGUGUCGGCCUCCUCAUCCGUAACCUCGGAGUUUCUGCACUUGUUGGCCUUGCUGUUCUCAUCAUCGGCUUCCCCGCGCAAUUCAUGCUGGCGAAAAUCAUGUUCGCCCAGCGCAAGAAGGGGGUUGUGCUCACGGACCAGCGUGUGCGCAUGACCACAGAGGUGUUGUCGGGCAUCAGGCUAUUGAAGUACUACGCUUGGGAGCAAUUCUAUGCGCACCAAGUGGGUGUCCUGCGGGAGAGAGAAGUCAGCACGAUCCGACGCCUCGCCGCGGCGCGUUCGAGUCUGAUCGGUUUGGUCACUGUGAUCCCCAUCUUCGCGUCGAUCCUGUCGUUCAUCACGUACGCGCUUACUAAUCACACGCUCGACGUCGCUACCAUCUUCAGUUCCCUACAGUUCUUCAACAUCAUCCGCACGCCCCUCAUCUACCUACCACUUGUGCUCGCCUCUGCGACGGACGCGCUCGUCGCGCUCCGCCGCAUCUCCGCGUUCCUCCUCGCCGAGGAGCUCGCCGUCCCGUACGUAGUCGCCGCCGAGAGCAAAUUCGCGCUCAACGUCGACGCGGACUUCACGUGGGAGGCCGCGCGCAAGGAACCCGGCGCGGGCAUGUCCAAGGCCGCGAGGCACAAGGCGGCGGCGGAGGCGAAGGCGAGCGAGAAACGGUUGAGCGGCAAGGGGAAGAAGGAGCCCGUGCUGCCAAUGGUCGCGAACGGGAAGGAGAAGGAGCAGGCGGAGGAGAAGGAGGAGAAGCCGUUUGAGCUGAAGGACGUGAAGCUUAAGAUCCCGAAGGGCUCGUUCGUCGCCAUCGUUGGCCGCGUCGGUUCCGGCAAGAGCUCGCUGCUACAAGCGCUCAUCGGAGAGAUGAGGAAGACCCGCGGAGAGUGCACAUUCUCGUCCACUGCGGCUUACGUACCACAGUCUGCCUGGAUCAUGAACGCGACGUUGCGCCAGAACAUCGUCUUCGGACAGCCUGAAGACGACGCUAAGUUCCACGAGAUCAUCAAAGCGUGCUGCCUCGAGCCCGACCUCGAGAUGCUCCCGAACGGCGACGAGACCGAGAUCGGCGAGAAGGGCAUCAACCUGAGCGGCGGGCAGAAGGCGCGCGUCUCGCUCGCGCGCGCGGCGUUCUCCGGCGCCGAUAUCGUGCUCAUGGACGACUCGCUCAGCGCGGUGGACGCGUACGUCGGCAAGCAGCUGCUCGACCGCUGCCUGCUCAACGGGCCGCUCGCGGAUAAGACGCGCGUUCUCGUCACGCACGCGCUGCACGUGCUGGACAAGACGGACUACGUCUAUGUGAUGGACGAGGGCGUCAUUGUCGAGCAGGGCACGUACCAGGACCUGAUGGACAAUGGGCAGAUGUUCUCGCGCUUGAUGGAGGAGUACGGCAGCCUCGACAAGCAGGAGGAGGCCGCAGCGGAGGAGGAGGUGCCGGAAGUGCUGGCGCAGGUCAAGGGGAAGGCGGCCGCGCCUGAGAAGGCGCACCAGACUCUCAUGCAGGAGGAGGAGCGUCUUACGGGUGCGGUCGCCGCGUCCGUGUACACCAAGUACUUCAAGUACGCUGGCGGCGUCACGGUCUUCCCUCUGAUCAUGCUGUUCCUCGUUCUCUCUCAAGGCGCACAAGUCGCAAACAACUUGUUCCUGGGAUUCUGGACGUCGCAGAGCGUCAAAGGUUUCGAUCAAGGCGACUACAUGGGCACAUACGCAGCGCUCGGCAUCGCGAGCGGUGUGUUCUCGUUCGCGCUCAGUUUGACUAUCAGCAUGGCUAGUUUGACCGCAGGCUUGCGGAUGUUUAAGGCGGCCUUGAUUGGAGUGCUUCGAUCGUCUGUGGCGUUCUUCGAUACUACCCCCUUAGGGCGAAUUAUGUCGCGCUUGUCUAAGGAUCAGGAUACAGUCGACGCAGAGUUGGCAAUGAUUGCUGUGCAGCUGCUCUCAACUGCUAGCUCGGUCGUCGGUACUGCAGCGCUCGUAUUCUACACCUUCCCUUACCUCGGCAUCAUCUUCGUACCCCUCAUGACCCUCUAUUACAUCGCGGCCGUAUACUACCGGAGAAGCUCAGUAGAAGCUAAGCGCUUAGACUCCCUCCUGAGAUCCGCGCUGUAUUCCUCCUACUCUGAAACGCUCACCGGCCUGAGCACUGUUCGCGCAUACCGUUCGCAGGACCGUUUUAUUCGCAAGUCAGAAGAUGGUCUCGACCUCGAGAACCGAGCAUACUACAUGACGAUUGCGAUUCAGCGAUGGCUAGGCGUGCGACUCGACAUCUUAGGCAAUAUUCUCAUCCUCGGCAUCUGUCUUUUCGCUGCCGGAUUCCGGAGUAGCGUAGACCCGAGUAAGAUCGGUGUCGUACUGUCGUACACCCUUAGCAUCACGCAAACAUUCUCGUUGCUCGUCUCAACAUAUGCCCAGAACGAGCAGAACUUCAAUGCUGUGGAGCGCAUCCUGUACUACACCGAGCUUCCGAACGAGGGAGCGGCGACUACGCCCAACGACCCUCCGCCGACAUGGCCGCACUCGGGUGAAAUUGCGUUCAAGGAUGUCGAGAUGGCGUACCGCCCAGGACUGCCGCUCGUCUUGAAGGGCGUUAGCUUCUACGUGAAGCCGGGAGAGAAGGUUGGCAUCGUAGGACGUACGGGCGCGGGCAAGAGUUCUUUGCUCCAAGCGCUCUUCCGUAUCGUAAACGUUCAGUCCGGGCACAUCGAGAUCGACGGCCAGAACAUUGCCGACAUCGGGCUGGACACACUCCGCGGGCGGCUGGCGCUCGUACCUCAAGACAGCCUGUUGUUCAAGGGCACAUUACGGGAGAAUCUGGACCCGACCAACACUCGGACGGACGCCGAGCUGAUAGACUCGUUACGCCGCGCAUGGCUGCUGCCGCGGGACGGGUCGACUGAUCCCGUGGCGGAAGCGAAGUUUAGCCUCUCCUCCAACGUCAGCGAUGAAGGCUCGAAUUACAGCGCGGGCGAGAAGCAGCUUGUAGCGCUCUGCCGCGCGCUCGUCAAGAACAGCCGCAUCAUCGUACUGGACGAAGCGACGAGCAGCGUCGACGUCGAGACAGACGCCAAGGUCCAGCGUACGAUCCAGACCGAGUUCUCCGCGUCAACACUGUUGUGCAUUGCGCACCGGCUCAACACCAUCGUAUACUACGACCGCAUCCUCGUUAUGGACGCGGGGCGCGUCGCGGAGUUCGACACGCCGCUCGCGCUGUUCGACAAGGAAGAUUCGAUCUUCCGCUCGCUCUGCAACGAGGCGAACCUCUCGCGCGCGGACGUGCUCAAGAUCCGCGCGACCGUGCACGGGCAGCUGUCCGUGCCCGCGUCCUCGGCGGCGUCCGCCGUGCACCAGGAGGGUAGUGCGGCGCCCGCCGCCUCAUGACCAUGACGCCGCCCCGCCGCCCGUAUCCGGACGCUUAGUGUACUUAGUAUCUCAUCGUCGUCUUGUAAUGAUCCUCACGUCGCGCUUUGGAUUACGCAUGUUCCGUGCUUGUGUAGAGUUUAGAGUUUGCUGUCAUCGGGUUUAAUGCACGCACGUCUUCUUACG